AUGAGGCUGCAAGAUUAUUCUGUAGAGACUGCACUUGCUGUAAUCAUUGAUGGAAAUGCCUCCCUCAAAAUUGACACCCAGCAUUUAAAUGUCAAUCUUCGAGUUGGAUCUAUCUACCAGUUCAUCGGAGAACUCAUCAUUCAACCCAAUAAUGAGGCAAUUUUGAAGGCACGAGUGGGUAGGAAUGUAGAUGGUAUUGACCUCAACCUCCAUCACCAGUCUCUGAAGCUUUUGAAAGAGUUUGUAUCUGAUCAAAUGAGUAAUCAUACACCAUAGAGUUGUGUGUGUGUGUGAAUGUUUUGGUUAAGGCGGAAAUGAUAAUUCAGAAACAGAUUUUACUUCCUAUGCAAAAGAUUUGCGAUAUUGUGGUGAACUGACCUUUUUGUGAGAUUGGAGUACGUGGCACCCUAAUCUUACUGCUACAAUCAUGAUGGUUCUUCAAGAUGCGGAAAUAUGGUGUUCAGCAAGAGUUGAUUGAGUUA